GCAAGCAGAGGUCUCUGCUCUCCAUCUUCCAGGGUUAACAACAAAGGAGGAACAAAUGGAUGGAAAAGACAACCUAUUAUGGCGACAUUCUGCUUUGGCCAGGCCUUCUCGGGUCAAGGUGAUGAGAGUGACGCUACCAUUACUGCAGCCCGAUGUGUUAAAUAAUCAUGCAAUGGAAUUCUCAGUAAAUGGAUCUACCGCUGGAGGAUGUGUGAGGAAGACAAUUAAACUCAAGGAGUUUUUUUGCAGUGGCAUAAGUAGAGGUCUGGAUCUACUAGUUGUGCAGUGUGGGCUCUACGGGGACGUGGUUUAUGGAUGCUGGGACUAUGAGCAUAAGCGACAAAAGGGACUACUUAGCAGACCUGGGAGGCAGCUUCACUGAGGAUGCUCCGAGACCACCAGUCCCAGGGGAAGAAGGUGAGCUGGUGUGCAGUGAUGGACGCCAAUACAACAACCUCGGCUUCUCCUCAAAGAACGAGAGCCUCAAAUGUGAGGCGUCUGUAGCUACACCCAGGCGACCUGACUUGGACUUGGGUUAUGAGCCGGAGGGAAGUGCUUCCCCUACACCGCCCUACUUAAAGUGGGCAGAAUCUCUUCACUCCCUCCUGGAUGAUCAAGAUGGCAUCCAUCUGUUUAGGACGUUCCUCAAGCAGGAGGGGUGUGCAGAUAUGUUGGACUUCUGGUUUGCGUGCAGUGGCUUCCGCAAACUGGAAGCUAAUGAGGGUAAUGAGGAGAAGAAGGUCAAACUGGCAAAAGCUAUCUAUAAGAAAUACAUCCUGGACAACAAUGGGAUUGUUUCCCGACAGAUUAAACCAGCUACCAAGUCCUUCAUCAAAGACUGUGUCGUGAAGCUUCACAUUGAUCCUGCAAUGUUUGACCAGGCUCAGACUGAGAUACAGACUAUGAUGGAGGAGAACACCUAUCCCUUAUUUCUUAAGUCUGACAUAUAUUUGGAAUAUACACGGACAGGAGGAGAGAGCCCUAAGCUGUACAGCGAUCAGAGCUCUGUUUCUGCGAAUGGAAAGGGGCUGUCCGGUUAUUUACCGACUUUAAAUGAGGAUGAGGAAUGGAGAUGUGACCAGGAGCCGGAGGAGCAGCCCGAGUGUGACCCCACACCGAGCAACCGGCUCACUCAGAAGCUGCUAAUGGAGACGGCACCGCAUCGUGUUGCCAACAGCGCAAGAUUCCAGGACAGUCGUGAGCACAGGCAUGCACCAUGUCGGGAGCCCAUCAACCCGUACUAUGUCAACACUGGUUAUGCUAUGGCUCCUGCCACCAGCGCCAAUGAUAGUGAGCAGCAGAGUAUGUCCAGCGACACAGACACGAUUUCCCUUACCGACAGCAGUGUAGAUGGGGUUCCACCCUACAGAUACCGCAAACAGCAUCGCCGGGAGAUACACGAAAGUGCCAAAGCAAAUGGGCGAGUGCCACUACCUCAUAUUCCACGCACAAACCGGAUUCCAAAGGACAUACAUGUGGAGCCGGAAAGGUUUGCUGCAGAGCUGAUCAGCAGACUGGAGGGCGUACUGAGGGAGAGGGAGGCUCAAGAGAAGCUAGAGGAGCGACUGAAGAGAGUGCGAUUGGAAGAGGAAGGUGAUGAAGUCAUGUCCACAGCCACAGCAUUAUCCAGUCACAGGUUCCCCCCUGGUGCUUAUUUGCAGAAUUACAACUCGCGCUAUGCUGACAACACCUACAGUGGUCUUAUUCUGAGAGAUGCUCAUGAGGAGAACCCUGAGAGCAUCCUGGACGACCACGUCCAGCGGGUCAUGAAGACUCCCGGGUGCCAGUCACCAGGCACAGGCCGUCACUCUCCCAAGUCACGCUCACCAGACGCUGUCCUAGGGGGCAAAGGGACAGGACUUGGAACGGCGCAUGUUAAACAUUCAUCCAGGCACGGUCUCAAGGGAGACCCCAGCCACCUGUACCACCACAAACAUGCGCACCACAUCCACCACGCAGGCGUCGGCAAGCCCAAAGAGCAGGCAGAAGCUGAGGCGGCCGUUCGUGUACACGGCAGCUUUCCAUGGAGCCCAGAGACAAGUCAUUAUGGAUCAAAGUCUCGCACCUACGCAGAUGGAAUGGGAUCCAACAACAUGGAGCAUACAGGGUAUAGUAGCAAAGGUGGCACACAGUUUAAAAGGGCGUUCAAGAAAGGUGAGGAAUUGCGGCCUCACGACAUGCCAGCGCCUGCAGAGGAGAUGGAGAAAAACCAGAAGAUCCUAUUGUGGCUGAUGGAAGGACAGAAAGAAAUGGUUCAACAUAAGAGGAGCCCAUAUGGGAGUACCACUGUGUCCAAGAGGACCACAGGUCAUGAGGCCCAACUGCGGAACAACGUGCAGCCGUCUCACCCUUUCAUCCAGGAUCCCACCAUGCCCCCAAAUCCAGCUCCCAGCCCCCUCAUCCAGCUGGAGGAGGUGCGCCGACGGCUUGAGGAGGAGAAGAUCAAGUCUGGAACUGUACAACUUAAGCAAAGGUAUGUGAUGGAGGUAAUCCAGAGGGGUCGCACUGCAGUCAGGCCUGCACUGUUCCCUCCGCUCAGCGUGGUGCCCGCCGUCUCUGACAUCGAGCUCUCCCAGCCCGAACACAAAGCCACUAAAAAGCAGCCAUGUGAAAACAUUACUGUGGCGUAUUACUUCUGUGAGGAGCUGAUACCGUACAGGACGUCUGUCAAAGGGAGGGUCGUCACUCUGCGCCAGUUCACAGAACUGCUAACAAAGAAAGGAAAUUACAGGUAUUAUUUCAAGAAGGUAAGCAACGAGUUUGACUGUGGGGUGGUGUUUGAAGAGGUACGUGAAGAUGACGCUAUCUUGCCCAUCUUUGAGGAGAAGAUUAUCGGGAAAGUCGAAAAAAUUGAUUGAAGGUCAUGUUGAAGAAGAAGGAGUCCAAAAGGGGCAUUGUGUGAUGGACCGAGGAGCGAUUGGAUGGUGAAGGGGAAGUGUUUUAGGAUUGAGACCGGUGGAGCGCAGAAGAAAGUGAUACGGUAGAAGUGGGUCUAAAGUUGAAGAGCAAAGCACUGUUCACAGAGGACCACUUGUGACUUUUGAGACUCGGUAGCACCACUGCAGUGACAUUGGACUAGAAGAAAAAAAAAAGACCUCAUUCACUUCUUUGAAGUGUAAGGUAGUAUUGUUAAGUUUACUAGAUACAUGCAGACAAAAGUGCUACUAAAGCUUCAUAUUUUUGAUAUGAUGUAUCAGAGGAUGUCCUUUCUAAAGUAACCACACUUGUCAUUUAUAUGUAUUGAUACCAGAUGUGUACAGUUUGUGUUAAAAUAUAACAAAAUUUUAUACAUAUUUAAGUAUUUAAAAUGCUCAUUUUCAAUCAAUUUCUGCCCCUGUUGAAGACGAUCAAAAUCCUUUUUUUUGUUUUUUUUCCAUUGUACUCUGGACUCUAAUGUUUGUGCUCUUCUUUGUGCGUUUUAUACAUCACUUACCAGUACUUUAUUUUGUGGCAUUCAGUCAGGCUGCACUUUCGUUGUAUUAUAUACCACUGACUAUGUCUCACUGUGGGCUGCAACAUGAAUUUCUGAGUGACCAGAUCAAUGGAAACCCUGUUCAGUGUGCUGCAAUCCAACACAACAGCCCAGUGUUUUAGAAAAGUACUUAAGAAGAUGGCCAUUGUUGACACUGCUGGAGAGAAUUUAUAGCCUUUUUUUAGGCUCAAACUUUGUGGUGGUGUUAUAAUAUUGAUAUAAGAAACAGGGCUAUUGUAGGGCUGUUUUAUUGGGUUGCAUUACUGCAUGUUGUACAGGGUGUUUUAUUUUUCUGGUAAUUUGGUGUAUACUGCAUGUAAAUGUAGCAGCUGGCUGUGUUUAUGUACAGUCUUCUGCUGCAUUGUUUUUACUCAACCCAGUUGAAGUUUUAAGAAGAUGCCUGACAAAAUAACACAGUAGAUUCAAAAAUACUGUAAAAAAAAAAA